GUUCAAUUGCUUAUCAGUCUAUUGACUCGAGGAUGAUACAAUUUAACUACAUUUUAUCUUUACAUCUAACCAAGUGCAAGCGACACCGUUAGGGACCGUGUAAGUGUAUCGUUCUUAUCAUUGCAAAUAGUUUUUGCGCCCAUUCAACGAACAUACCAUUCGAACAAUUAUUUCUAUUUUGUUGUUGUUGUUGUUGUUAUGUUUCUGAAAUCGAUUCCACAAUGCCUAGACAAAAUAAGUUGACUGUAUCACAGUUUCAAUGAUUAGUUAUUCACGGCAUUCCAUGUGAAUCUGUUGUGCUUGUGCAGAAAGUUUAACGGGAUAGAAACAGCCAUGAAUUUCGUUGGGUAUAUUUUAAUUGGAAUUUUGUGUUGCACAAUUGUGUCAGGUGAUUUACGACCAUUGAAUCCAACAAAUGUUCAGACGUUUACUGUAGAUACUCGUGAUGAACAAAAUUACCGUUUGCCAAAUAAUACGAAACCGGAAACCUACGAUAUUACAAUAAGAACGACAGUGGAUGAAGCAGUGAAUGAAGACAACGACUUCAGUUUCGAAGGAACGGUGGUAAUCAACAUCAAGGCGCUAGAAGAAACGUCUACCAUUACCCUACAUGCACGCCAAUUAACCAUAACAGACAUAAGACUAAAAUCUGCAAAUGGUGGUGAUAUUCAAUUAGAAUGGACAUACUCGAUUGUUCCCGAAUUAGUCAUCCUUGCGACCAAAAGUAAACUUGAAAAAGACAAAAACUACCUAGUGACCAUCGCCUACACGGGGGAAUUGCGAAAAGAUAAUGCCGGUUUUUAUCGAUCAUCAUAUCUUGAUGCCAACGGAUUGAGACAUUGGUUGGCGACAACACAGUUUGAAUCGACCGAUGCUCGACAUGCAUUCCCAUGCUAUGAUGAACCUGCAUUUAAGGCCAAUUUCACUAUUCAUAUAGAUCAUCAUGUUUCGUAUAACGCUAUAUCAAACACUCAUGGAACAACAUCAGCACCGGAUUCGGAGGGUAGAGUUAAGACAACCUUUGCCACAACGCCACCGACAUCGACGUAUUUGAUUGCAUUUAUCGUGUCAGAUUUCGGAUAUACCGAAACAAAUGCGUCAGAUAACAAUCCAACUCAUCAACGGGUCUUCACCAGCAAAAAUAAGCUCAGCCAAACUGCAUACGCAUUGGAUGAAGGCGUGAAGAUUUUGAAUGCCAUUUCAAAAUAUGUUUCAGUGCCAUUUUCCUUGCCAAAAAUGGACCAAGCUGCGAUACCAGAUUUCCGUGCUGGAGCUAUGGAAAACUGGGGACUUGUAACAUACAGAGAGCCAUACUUGUUAUAUGAUCCGAACGUUCAUUUGCCAUCACGACAGCUCACCAUCUCCACAGUAAUUGCACACGAAUUCGGUCAUCAAUGGUUUGGCAAUUUAGUGUCGCCAAAGUGGUGGACAUACAUCUGGUUAAAUGAAGGAUUUGCAACACUGUUCGAAUACCUCGGCGCUGGAUUGGUGCAUCCGGAUUGGAAUAUUUUCAGCUAUUUUAUUACAAACCAACUGCAGCCCGUUCUUCGCACUGAUGCAAAAUCGACUACGCGCGCAAUGACCACUUAUGCAGAAAGUCCAAGUGGUGUAUCUGGUUUAUUUGACAGCAUUGCCUAUGCGAAAUCUGGUUCGGUCAUUCGCAUGUUUUUGCACGCACUUGGCGAGGACACGUUCAAAAAAGGACUCACAUAUUAUUUAAACGCACAAGCACAUAGUGUGGCUGACGAAGACAACUUGUUUGAAAACCUCAACAAAGCGGCCAAAGAAGAUAAAAUGAUUGCCGAUCCAUUAACGGUGAAGGAACUGUUUGGUUCAUGGUCGAAUCAAAAGGGAUUCCCAUAUUUGAAGGUUGUACGAAAUUCCAAUGGUUCGGUGACACUGUUGCAAGGGGAAUACGAUGCAGUCUACAAGCCAGAUGAACCAAACACACGUACCUGGUGGAUUCCAUACAAUUUUGCAACAAGAAAAGUCCCCGAAUUCGCUGUAACCACGCCAACUGGUUGGUUCCCGAAAGGUCAAAACCAAACCCUCAUUCCCGAAGAUAAUACGAAAUGGACGAAAGACGAUUGGUUGGUUUUCAAUCGUCAGCAAACUGGCUUCUAUCGCGUUUGGUAUGACCAACACAACUACGAUUUGAUUAACAAAGAACUGAACUCCGGCAAUCUGUCUUCGAUUCAUGAAAACAAUCGGGCUCAAUACAUUGAUGAUUUGAAUGAUUUUGUGAGCACUGGUCGUGUUCCACCAAAAACUCUGUUCAGUGCAUUGACCUAUUUGUCAAAUGAAAGCCAUUACGCACCAUGGGUGUCAGCCCGACGUGCACUUUUGGAUUUAAAUCAAAUUUUCGCCGCCAGUAAAAAGCAGCACAAAUUCAAUGACUUUGUUGCAAAAAUUGUGACGAACUUCUACAAGAAUAAGACAUUGGACGCAAUUGAAAAUGAACCACUUUUCGAUAAACUCUCGCGAAACAUUGCCGUUGAAUUGGCCUGUCGAUUUGGUGUUCCACAGUGUUUGAGCGAAACCUAUAUCAAAUUCCACGAUUUUGUUAAGAAUGGCAACAAACCAUCGCAAGAUAAUCGCGGUUUAGUGUUUGCCAACGGAAUACGUAACGCUACAAGCAAAGAAAUCAACAAAUUUUGGAAUUACCUUGUUGCUACCAACUCCGAUGAUGAACGCAAAGAAAUCAUCACCAGCUUGGGAAAUAUUCAAAAUAGCACAUACAUCAAACGUGUUCUAAACAAAACUCUCGGUAAUGUGGGCACUCGAGUGACCAAAGCCGAUUUAGUGUCGAUCAUUCAAUCGAUUAGUGGCGGUAAUCAAAGUGGUCUUGCGAUUACCAUCACAUUCCUCGGACAUAAUUUGGAAAAAGUCAAUACGACCAUCGGAUCAGUUCCUACGAUUCUAACAUCGGUUGCCUCAAAGGUUGUUACAGCUGAAGUUCAAACUGAUUUCGUCAAUCUGUUGGAUUUGGCCAAAUCUAAAAACUUAAUCACCGACGCUGAAAUCGAAACUCUCAAAAAUACUGUCAACGACAAGGUGGACUGGCAAAAGAACAAUGUGAAACAAUUUGAAGACGCUCUUUCGAAAGCUGGACCAAAGUCAGCCGCUUCAAUGACAGUUCUUCUAGUUUUGCUCGUUCUUAUAUUCUGUUUGGUUCACUGGAAUGCCGAAUAAACCAGCAUUGUUUAGCCUAGCCAUGAGUUCACAUGCACAUUUAACCCUCAACUGCAUGAAUUUUUCCUAGGACUAGGAGUACUGGUAUUUGGUUGAUUUUUGGAAAUAGAUAACGAAAAAAAUAUUCAUAAUCCUAGAUUUCCCAUGGUUUAGUCAGGAAAUGCGAUAGAAAUAAGUCAGAGAACAAUGAAAUCCAUUGUUUAAAAGUGUCAAAAAUAUGUCCAAUUUGGAAACCGAAUAAUUUAUUUUGUCAAAUUUUUGUUUUCGUGCACAUUUUUGUUUAUAACUCACCAAUCGUACGACAUAGACAAAUGACGCCAAAGACAAAAAUAAAGAAAAAACAUUGACAAAUAAAAA